CCGAGAUCCGAUUUUAGCAGUAUUCGGGGCCGUAUGUGAACAGUAAGUGAUACAGAUGACAUUUGCAUUUGACCGAAUUCAGAGUUCAAAAAGGCCUGACCAUGUGCUAUCAACGACUGUCUGGUAACCCAAAUCACAAUAACGUGGAUCAGAAACCAACACAUCUGCCACCUGGCCAUUAUCCACACAGUCACAGAUGGAAUGAGCCAUAUUUCGAUGUGACAAUGCCAAAGAACAUUACGUCUCUUGUGGGGAAGUCGGCUUAUUUAGGAUGCAGAGUGAAGCAUUUAGGCAAUAAAACGGUUGCUUGGAUUCGACAUAGGGACCUACAUAUAUUGACAGUUGGUACAUACACUUAUACCACAGAUCAGCGAUUUCAAACAUCAUAUCAUCGUGACAUAGACGAGUGGACACUACAGAUAAAAUGGGCACAACAACGAGAUGCUGGAGUAUAUGAGUGCCAAAUAUCUACCCAACCUGUACGAAGUUUUUCUGUUAACUUGAAUAUUGUCGUGCCAACUGCGACCAUAUUGGGAGGCCCCGAUUUGUACGUUGAUAAAGGAAGCACAAUUAAUCUAACAUGCGUAAUAAAAUUUAGCACAGAGCCACCGACACAUAUUUUCUGGUACCAUCAAGAUAAGGUACUAAGCGAAGAAACCUCAGGUGGACGUCUAAAGUUUAAAACCAUCAAAUCCGAGGAAACAAAAUCAAUUUUACUUAUUGAUGAUGCUAGCCUUUUAGAUUCCGGGAAGUAUUCCUGCUAUCCAUCAAACACAGAAAUUGCCAGUAUACGCGUCCAUGUGCUCCAAGGAGAACGGCCCGAGGCAAUGCAAACCAAUGCAGCUGCACCCAAUAAAGUGAGAACUUUAAACCCUUUUGCAACAACAAUGACCGCAUUGGUGGCAACAUUUGCAUUAUGGCACGCUUUAGCUACAUUUACUCGCACUUUCUCCAAGAGGGCGAGCUCCGUCGCCGGUAACUGCAGCAACAGCAACAGCACCGCAAUUAAAGCCAACGCCAACAGCAAUAAUAUAAGUGGCAACUACAGCAAUUCUCGCCACUGCAGCAGUAGCAACAAUUCCAAGAGUGAUAAUUGUGCUGACAAAAAUGGCUGCUGCUUUGGCGAUGAUGGCAACACCGACGAUGUCGCAGAUGGCCAUGUUGAUGAUGCUGUGGAUUGUAUUGCGGUUUGGAAUUAUUCUUGUGAUGGCGAUAAUCGCAGAAUGAAACGAAAGGGUUGUGCAAAAUGGAAUUCUCUGGCCAAUUAUGUUCAUCAGCAGAAUAAUGAAGUGCAUGACAACGACAACUUCCAUGGCUUCUUCCCCAGCAAAUGGUCCCACAGACAUGCUUUACGGUGAUUAAAUAACUGAAUGAUGUUUCCAUAAUAGCAAGUGUUUAAAUGAAGUAUUUAUUCACAAUGUAGAUACUGUAAAACAUUUAUCGGGGAGCAGCUUUAAGCUGCCGCUAUUCAUCAUGCACCCACUUAUACA